AUGCCUCCGGAACAUGUGACUGUUCUGGAGUCAUAUAAAAGAAACCAAGUUCUUGAAAUGUUUGAUCAUGCAUAUAGCAACUAUAUGGAGCACGCCUAUCCUGCCGACGAGCUCAUGCCUCUGACGUGCCGCGGACGGGUGCGGGGCCAGGAGCCGAGCCGAGGGGAUGUGGAUGAUGCCUUGGGAAAAUUUUCACUGACCUUGAUUGAUACCUUGGACACUCUUGUUGUGUUAAAUAAAACCAAAGAGUUUGAGGAGGCUGUAAAAAAAGUAAUAAAGGAUGUUAAUUUAGAUAACGACAUAGUUGUAUCUGUCUUUGAAACCAACAUAAGAGUCCUUGGAGGUCUCCUAGGUGGGCAUUCAGUGGCAAUUAUGCUGAAAGAAAAAGGUGAAUAUAUGCAGUGGUACAACGGUGAACUUCUGCACAUGGCAAAGGAACUAGGCUACAAGCUUUUACCUGCUUUUAACACCACUAGUGGUCUCCCUUACCCAAGAGUUAACCUGAAAUUUGGUGUAAGACAUCCAGAAGCACGAACAGGAACAGAAACUGAUACCUGUACAGCUUGUGCAGGUACCUUGAUCCUUGAGUUUGCAGCUUUAAGCCGAUUCACAGGAACAUCUAUAUUUGAGGAGUACGCACGGAAAGCACUAGACUUCAUCUGGGAGAAGAGACAGCGCAGCAGCAAUUUGGUGGGAGUCACCAUCAACAUUCACACUGGGGACUGGGUCCGCAAAGAUAGUGGAGUUGGAGCAGGAAUAGAUUCAUAUUAUGAAUAUUUAUUAAAAGCCUAUGUCUUGCUGGGAGAUGACAGUUUCCUGGAAAGAUUUAACACGCACUAUGAUGCCAUAAUGAGAUACAUCAGCCAGCCACCUCUUCUUCUUGAUGUUCAUAUCCAUAAACCAAUGCUAAAUGCUAGGACCUGGAUGGAUUCUUUGCUAGCUUUCUUCCCUGGGUUGCAGGUAUUGAAGGGUGAUAUUAGACCUGCUAUUGAAACUCACGAGAUGCUGUAUCAGGUUAUAAAAAAGCAUAACUUUCUUCCAGAGGCAUUCACAACAGACUUUAGAGUUCACUGGGCUCAGCAUCCUUUAAGGCCUGAAUUUGCUGAAAGCACUUAUUUCUUGUAUAAGGCUACUGGGGACCCUUACUAUCUAGAAGUAGGAAAAACACUUAUUGAAAACUUGAACAAGUAUGCAAGAGUACCCUGUGGGUUUGCUGCCAUGAAGGAUGUUCGUACAGGGAGUCAUGAAGAUAGAAUGGACUCUUUCUUUCUGGCUGAGAUGUUUAAAUAUCUUUACCUGCUGUUUGCUGAUAAGGAAGACAUGAUUUUCGACAUCGAAGAUUAUAUCUUCACUACAGAAGCUCAUCUGUUACCACUUUGGCUUUCCACUACAAACCAAACCAUCUCUAAAAAGAAUACGACUACAGAAUACACAGAGCUGGAUGACAGCAACUUUGACUGGACCUGUCCCAACACCCAGAUCCUUUUCCCAAAUGACCCUAUGUUUGCUCAAAGUAUUCGUGAACCUUUGAAAAACGUGGUGGAUAAGAGCUGUCCUAGGGGUAUUUCCAGAGCAGAAGAGAAUUUGGGAAGUGGCCCAAAACCGCCAUUGAGAGCCAGAGAUUUCAUGGCCAGUAAUCCUGAACACUUGGAGAUCCUGAAGAAGAUGGGAGCAGCAAGUUCCCUCGAUGCUGAAGAUGGGUUACGAUUCAUGCAGGAGAUGAUUGAACUCUCCAGCCAGCAGCAGAAAGAGCAACAGCUACCUCCUCGUGCCGUCCAAAUCGUUUCCCAUCCGUUCUUUGGCAGGGUGGUCUUGACUGCUGGACCAGCACAAUUUGGGAUGGACUUAUCCAAACACAAAGCAGGGACAAGAGGAUUUGUUGCAACCAUUAAGCCAUAUAAUGGAUGCUCAGAGAUCACUAAUCCUGAGGCAGUGAAAGAUAAAAUUGCUCUGAUGCAGAGAGGCCAGUGUAUGUUUGCUGAAAAGGCACGAAAUAUUCAAAAAGCUGGAGCAAUAGGAGGCAUUGUUAUUGAUGACAACGAGGGAAGCAGCAGUGACACAGCCCCUCUCUUCCAAAUGGCUGGUGAUGGGAAGAAUACAGAUGAUAUCACAAUUCCCAUGCUCUUCCUCUUCAACAAGGAGGGAAACAUUAUACUGGAUGCAAUCCGGGAGUAUGAGGCUGUGGAAGUGCUCCUCUCUGAUAAAGCAAAAGACAGAGCAACAAUCUUUAAAGACUUGGAGAUGGAGAAUAUGGACCAGAAAGUAUCUGAAAAUGAUUCACAGAAACAGAAUUCAGAAGAAGCCACUUCAGCAGCUCAGGAUGUUGGUGCAGUCAGUGAGGAGCCUGAAGAAGAAGAAAGCUCUGAUGUUACCAGCCCUGACUCUUUAUCCCCAGCUCAGGCAGCCAGUGACAGCGUUUCCCUUUCACAUCAGGAUUCCCACAUCCCUGGAACCGAGGAGGCCAGUGCUGCAGAGCCAGCAUCUGUGCAGGGGGACAGCCAGCCUCAGGAACAACAGACUGAGACAGAGCCAAAUUCCAAAGCUAACUGGGAUAAUAAAGUCCAGCCUAUGGAAUCCAUAUUAGCAGACUGGAAUGAGGAUAUAGAAGCAUUUGAAAUGAUGGAAAAGGAUGAGCUAUGA